AUGGGUAGCACAGAGGUAACGUCGGUCCCAAAAAAGUCGAGCGAGAAUAAUGAUAUUGCCGAUGUUUACGGGCCAAACUUAAAAAUCCUUCCGUGCAAUAAUCAGGUGAAGGAGCUGCAAACUAUAUUACGGGACAAAUAAGACUAGUUAUAGAAGAAAGUUUAAACCAAUUACCUUUUUCCAAAUGUGUGGUAACUACACCAACUGGUGCCAAAUAUAAUGGUUUGAAGUAUCAAAAAGGAAAUUGUGGGGUCUCUAUAGUAAGAAGUGGAGAAGCCAUGGAACAGGGUUUAAGAGACUGUUGUCGUAGCAUAAGGAUUGGAAAAAUAUUAGUUGAAAGUGAUGCAGACACACAUGAAGCCAAAGUAGUUUAUGCAAAGUUUCCAGAUGACAUAUCUGAAAGAAAAGUUUUACUUAUGUAUCCAAUAAUGAGUACUGGGAAUACUGUGAUAAAAGCAAUUGCUGUCCUAAAAGAGCACAAUGUACUUGAAGAGAAUAUCAUUUUAUCAAAUUUAUUUUGUACACCAAUUGCAGCCAAGUCUCUAGUCACUGCCUUUCCUCAGGUAUGUAUUUGCUUUCUUGAAUGUAAUAGUAUAUUAUAAUAUAUUGUCUUCACAGAUUAUAAAAUUACUCCUUCAAAUUUUUAAUUUUCUUUAAAUUUCUUAUCAAUACCAAAAAAUGGAUCAGUUGUUAAUUACAAAAUUUGUUUCAUUGAAUUCGAUAGCAAAUUAAAACAUUAAUAUUUUGUUAGUUUUUAAAGAUAAUAAAUUAUUCUUUAAGUAUUAAUUUAAUGUAUUUAUUUAUUUAAUGUAUUAAGUAUUUAUUUAAUAUAUUAAUUAUUUUUAAAUUAGAAAUUUGUUUUAAUUGUUUAAAUGAAACUGAAUUGUCUUUUUACAGAUGAAGAUUUUAACAUCAGAGAUUCAUAGCAUUGCCCCAAAUCAUUUUGGACAAAAAUAUUUUGGUACGGAUUAA